UGUGGCAACACCAGUUUCAGUAGAGAUUUCGAUAGCGACAUAGAAGGGUGCUCCACCACGAGACGAGUUGCCGCGCGUGAAAACGAGUCUUAAAGAGUUUCUUUUCAAUAUCUAACACCAGCAAUAUUGCAAUAAACAGCGAAACAGCAAAAGAAUUUAGUUUCCAACAAUUAAUAUACAAACAUAUGUACACAUAUAUUUCGGUACUCCUCCUUCGUAUAUCGCUUAUGUAUAUGUGUAUGUGUGCAGGCGUGUAGAAAUCACAAGUGAGUUAAUAAUAGUUUCAAGCUUCGUUUCUUUGCAAAAAGAAUUGCAAAAAAGUUUACGUUAUGGAAUAGAAUAUUUGUUGAGCUCACACACACUCGUUCAUAUGUACACAAGUACCGUUAAAGCGUAUAUUCCGUGUGCAUUCGUGAAUCAUUUACAAUAGUGACUUCAAAUAUUAAAUGUGAAGAGACAUUGAGACCCAAUUGUCAUUGCAAGCGCACGCCUACACACAUUCAACAACAACAACAAUAACCUAACAGCGGCAGCGAAUUGCAGUGACUUUGUAAGCGCGUAGCUCGUUUAUGGCGACAGUGAAAUUCGGUUUACAUGUGACACAAUGCAAUUUACCAACAACAAGAAAACAACAACAGUGUAGUAAACUUGGCCAGAGAAAUUAAAGAUCGCCAGUAAAACCGGUAAAAAAGCGGCAUUUGAAGCAAAAAUACAAAAAAAAACGAAAAAUCCAACAGCAAGAACUUGCAGACUAAGCGAUCUUGAACUCUUUGAAUAAAAAACGAAAAAAAAACAAGAAACUUAAGUUUAACGACCGCAGAACCAGCGCAACAGGGGCACUCCAAAUAUUAAUUACAAGAAAAAAACGCGUAGUAAAAGGAAAAGUAUAACUUUCUGCUCGAGAUUUUAACCGGGUCGCCCGUUUUCUGCGUUAAAUACAAAUACAUAAACUUGUAUCUGGCUGUGUGUGUGGUUUCCAAUUCAACCCACUAAAAUUCUGCGCUCGUCGCACUAGUUCGCGGCGUUUUAUUGCAAUUUACCGUUUUCGAAAUUCCGAUUUUGUGCCAAUUUUCGAGAUACUGGCCAAAACUGCAAGCACUUUAGCGCGCAAAACAACAACAACUGAAAAUAAAACUGUAAAAACAACAAUCACAAAUAGUUUAAAUAAAUAAAAUAAAACCAGAUCAUCGAACCAGAAAAACAACAAAAACAAUCAGCAAGCUAUGCGAGUUGCGGCUUUUCAGCAUUUUAUUGCUCACACACACACACACACACACAGCAGCAAGCGUUUAGUUGGCUGUGAGUGUGUAUGCAAAUAUAUUAGCCAUUUAACGCGACCGAAUGCGUUAAUUUCUUUAUUAAACAUAAAUAUUAAUCAGUGAAAAACAUUAAUAUACGACAUUUAUCAAAUCAAUAACAAAAUAAACAAAAACGAAACAAAUUUAAACAAAAAACAACAACAACAACAAUAGUAAUAAAGCCAGAUUUAUCUUCAUUUGUUUGCUGACAAUUGGCGGAUUCGAUUUUAGCUAAGGCCAUCUCCAGAUCAACAACAAGUCGCCAGUCUUGAGCAAAAGAUAAUAAACAGCAUUAAAGAACUCAGAAACAACAUAAUCUGGCAAAGUGACAUAUUGAGCGCGCGUGGAACUGAUUACUUACGCAACAUUAGACCUAACAUUUUAGCGGCAGAGUGCAGCGCGACGAAGCCGAAUGCAGUAUCUCACUUACGCACUGCAAACAUCCUCACGUUUCCUCACAACGUCCGUACCCACAACCAACACAAACACCGCCUACAACAACAAUAACAACAACUACACUAAUCCGCCAUCGAACACCGUGAACAGGGCACCACAAUCCAACAACAACAUCGACUUACAUUUUCCUAACCAAAAUCCCAACAACAGCAACACCAGUCAACAGCCGAGAAUAAUCACCGCGACGAACAGCACAACAUUCAGCACAUCGCGUCGCAGCAGCAGUAAUUCACCAGCGAUAGCAGCGGCAGCAACGAAAAUAUCAUUUGCGCGGUGCGAAGUGAACCCCAACCUGCAAACCUCCUACACUACAACAACAACACUACCACCAAUUCAUAACACUUGCAACGAGUGCAACUGUAGCGAAGUAACAACAUUCGGCACAACAACUGCAGGGGAAGCAGCGUCAUCAACAGCAGCGCCGCCAGCCGCCACAGUAGCGCCUUCAACAGCGACAACGGUGCCGCAAAGCCAAUGAAAUUUACUCGCGAUUAAUGUUAGCAUCGCGCGCAACAAACUGCUUUCAUUCUUCAAUCGCGACAUGGCCGCAACGGAUGGCCAAAUAAUACUGGCCGCCUCCCGCUUCGGUGACACCGAACCGCCGGUGUAUUUGCGCGAGUUCUCCAAACAGAAACUGCCCGCUGUCGCCAAAAUCGUCAAAGGGCAACAUCAGAAUCUCGGCGUACCCACUCUGUCGGCACCGUCGCUCCAGAGUACGGCCCUAUUCCUAAGCGCCGGCAAGCGGUACCAAAUACUCGCACAGCCGAUUAAGAUCAAGGAGGGGCGCAAGACCACAAAUGUUGGUGCCAAGGUGCUCAUACCGGAAACAUAUCCCGGUUACUUUGAGCUGCUCAGUGAAGAUGGCCGUUCAACGCGUUGCAUCGAUUCGGUGCUCGAGCUUUCGAAGCGACGCAACUUACGCGUUCUUGUGCGUGAAACGUUCCGCUGCACACAGAUGAAUCGCACGAUUCACGCGGGCGAAAUGCUGACGACGAUGAACGACAACGGCAAGUACUUGCAGUGCAAGAAUAUCAAAGACGAGAUCAUCAAUUUGCCACUCGAUACCAAAGCGAAAUUCUCACCGAUCGCCAAGGAGGACAGCAUUAGCGGGGUGCACACGGUGAAGAAUCUACUACUCAAACGGAUGCCAGUCAUUGUGAGACUUGUCCAUGGUAGUGCUCCCAAAGGUCUGAAGCAACCUUUCGUACCGGAGUUGCGUCUCCUUGGCUGUGUCGAAAUCGAUCGUAUAUUUGCGCUCCCGAUGCAGAAGGAUAACGAUUUGGUGCCAGUACCGCUAAAUGUGAAGAUUAAAUUGCAGCGCGCACGCAACAUGGACCAAUUAGAGCACUUCAUUGAGUACACCAGAUUCCUCGAAAAGGCGCAGCGUCUGUUGUCGGAUGCACGUGAUCGCCUGCAAAUAGUUGAUCUGAAGUUGUCGGAGAAGGAGAAGAAAGACUCCAAGUUCAGUAGUCGCAACAAAUUACCCGUGGUCAUGUUGCCAUCAGCAGCCGUCGCCGGCGGCCUUAUGGAGAACGGCUAUGUGCUGCGCAAGAGCGCCAGCUGUGACGCGUACGGCAAGGGAAUCGGCAGUGGGGCGGGCGUACUUACAAGUUCCGAAAUCGCCGAGGAGUACAACGAAAUCGAUCACAUUUACGAUUAUGUGCGCGGUCUGACGCCACUCUCCAAGGGGUUGUCGCGCUUUGAGCCCAUAUGCGAGACACCGACCAUCAAGUCGCAUCACACCGACAGUAGUGGCAAUUAUUGUAGUCUCAUACGUGUGGGUGCACAGGCGAGUAACAACAACAAUAACAAUAACAACAGUUUAAAUGCCAGCAGUGGCAGCAACACAAAUCACAGCGGCGGUGGUGGCGGUACAGGUAGUGGCAACAAUAACAACAACUACAGCAGUUUAGAAUCAGUGAAACAGACGGCGAACACCAACACGAACAGCAGUCACAAUAGUAGCAAUCACAGCCACAACAACAAUCACAACACCACUGGUGGCAGUGGCGGUAGUGUAGGUGGCAACCAUCACCAUCACCACCAUCAUCAGAGUCACAGCCACAAUCAUCAUCACAACCACCCACACCCACAUCCCCAUCCACACCCCCACGCGCACCCACAUGCCCAUCAGUCCGGCAGUGGAGCCAUGGUUAAUCACUACCAUCACAGCCAUGUUCAGGAGGACAUCAAGCCAGUGCCACCGCCCAUUGAGACUAUACCAGGCAAGAAGCUGCCGGAGAAGCGGCAACGUCCCACACUACCAAAGCUUUAUCUGAAGAACACAAACAGUGCGGGCAGCAACGCGAUUCCUAGCACUACGGCAGCUGCGGCCGCGGCGGCCAGUCAUCACAAUCAACACCAUCACUCGACGCAAACGCAACACACGCACACAGGCAGCUCGACCGCAGCUGUGGUGAAUGCCACUGCGGCAGCGGUGUCCGCGCAUCACGCUCACCAUUAUCACAGCAAAGUGCUGACACCAAGCAACAGCAAUAACAACAGUGGUUCCCAUGCGGUCAAUGGACCACUUAGUGCCGGUAUCAUGGGGCCGAAUAAGGAAUGCAUUCUAGAGCCGCAGUCACCACUCUUUCAUAUCAGGUAUAAAAGUCUCAGCAGUUUGCAGUUGACGCCCGAAAACACCUCCAUUACCGCCACACCGAUCUCAAGUAACCCCAAAGGUAAUCAGUCAACCGCAAUACCACCGGAUGUGGUACUAAAAUGCAGCAGCAUCCUCAACCACCAGUCGCAUCAUGCGCCGCACCUACCACCACCACCGCCUCCACCGCUCAGCAAGAGCGCCAGCACUGCCGGUGGCUUAGCAGCUGUAGCCGGCCUAGGCAUGGGUAUGGGUGUAGGCGUCAUACACCACAAUCCGCGCGAGGGUACACUCGACUCGUCACGCAGCGGCGGACGCACCUCCGGCGAUUCCAACAAGUUGCCCGAAAAGAAGACGCGUCGCCUGUCGCGUCCUCGUAGUCUAUCGAAUUUAGUCUGGGAUCUGCGGCCAUCCAAAGAGAAGUCAAAAAAAAAAUUAUAUAUACAUCAUUUCGAUCAUCGCCAACAGGCAACACUGUAUUUGUAGUCAGGUGGCGGGAGGGUUGCAGCAGCGCAUAAGGGGAAAAAGGCGAUACCGUUGGUCGGAGAAAAUGCCAUAUAUAGACUUUAAAUAAGAUCUUUCGUAGAGGUAUUGGGCAUAGCUAUUUUUAGUACUUUAAUUUCGCUGUGGACUGGAGACAGUGUCAACCAAUGAAAGAUGAAUGAUGUUGCCAUCACUGUAAAAACCUAUACUACUGCUAUUUAAACGGAACUUCAAUACAUUAUCUUAAGCUUCUGAUCCAACUUUGUCCAAUAGGAAACCACGAUUGGAAUACCAGCGCUAAUGUCAAUUGCAGAACUUCGCAAAACCAUUAAAAAAUUAAGAAAUGUCAAACAUGAAAUGCACUUGCUAAGAAACUAAAUUUUAAACAGAUUAACGGUAAAAUGAAGUUUGAAGAGAGCAAAUAACUUAUAACCUUAGUAGAGAAAGCUUUAAAACUCUUUUUUCUCAAUUAAUUAGAUUGUGCCUUUUAUUAGCAAUUAAAUCUUUUUAAAUAACAAAUUUUAAUGAAAACAAAAAGAAUAACGUUUAUUGGUAUUAUAUAAAGAAUUGAUUUAGGUGUUUGGCUAAUUUUUGGCAUUUUCUUAAAGAAAUUAAUAAACAAAAUUUUAUGAUCUUUGAAUCGCUUACAAAUAAACGAAAGAAUAUUUGAAAAAUAUUGCAUUUUAGAUAUUUUUUCCAAAAUAUUUUUAUUUCAAAAAAAGAUCCCAAAAACAAAAACAAGAAACAAAAACGCACAAGCAUCAUGGGGAUGAGAAAACCGGAAGCGAAAAUUGGUCAGUGUUGUGUUGGCUUCGCAUUGGAUCUUGUGAAGAUUCUUUCCGAGGCCCGACGAGGCAUUGAGGGACGCCAUAAAUAAAUAAUAAAUAAAAUAAUGAAAAUGAAAGCAGUCUAAGAUAAACUUCAUUAAACAUAAAUGAAAUGAAAAAUAAAAUAAAAUAUGCAACAACAACACUUCAAGUCUUUAAAAUUGUGAUUUUAAUUUUAUGUCAAAAACGCGAAAAUGCGAGAGGUCGGAGGAAUAGGAAGAGGAGCAGCAGCCGCCGGCAACAUUUCAAUAUUUAAUCAAUUAAGUGCAUCAUUUUACCACAUUUUAUCUGUUUAUUAACCAUGCAUAUGUGUCCCGUUAGUUUUUAACAAUACUAUUAAGUUCAACUACAUUUUAUAUUUAGACAUUAAAUGCUGCUG